AUGAAUUCGUUGAGAUUUAUCUCAAUUUGCAUUACACUUUGGUGUUCCAGUUAUGUGGCAAGAAUACAAUGUGCAGAAAGAGCUUACCCAGGUUACCAAACAGAUUCCAUUGUUAACGAGAAGAUUGCUAUUGAAGGACAUGGUGUAUUCUUAAAGGAUGUCUAUGAUGAGAAAACACCCACAACCAGAAUAGGUACAGUUUGUGAAACACAGCUAGCACCUACGUUGGCUUGGAACAAACGGAUGGAAUCUUAUGAUAUUGGUUACGAGCUAUUUCAUGGCGUUGGUAAAACUCAAUUAGAAAGCUGGGAUUAUUUCAGAUAUAGAAAGGUAAUUGAUGGAGAACCAGAUAAAAAUCCAAGACCAAUUCCUCAUGAUGACACCGUAGAAUCCAUCUAUAAUGUUGAUGACACCAUAAUACCCAUCGACAAUAACCUAGUAAAAGUUUCAUUUAAAAUCAAACCCUACGACGAACACCCAUCAACUGUGGACUAUUAUUGGAUAGACGUAUUAACCAUAACAGUCAAUCCCAAUCAGAGAAAGAUAUUCUUCACAAGAGACCUUAUUAAUUAUUAUAUACAUAGGACCAUAACCAUCGAUACCUGCACAGUUUACUAUUUAGGAAAUGGCAAAGUUGCAAACGCUCAACCCAGCUACCAACCAGUUGGAGAUAUUUUACAGAAUACUCAAAUAAUACCAAUGCGCAUGUUCCACACAUUGGCAAGUCGACUUGCCACCUGCACCUAUCUAAAUUUCGCAUUCAUGUGGAAAAGUGUGGCUGAAGGAAUACUCAAACAUAUCGACCUGUUUUUGUAUUCGUUGUAUCGAGUAUUUCCUGAAAAAUUGGACAUAACUUUCGGCGCACUGGGUGAUUUACAAGUGGACCCCACAGAACGCCAAAGAAUUGCUUAUGAAAAUGAACAGAUCCGCGAGUUCCCUAUCCCUGAAAAACUAUACCGACUAGUCGAGUAUGACUACACAGAUGAGUUCUUCACAGACGGUACAAUAUUCCAAACAAUCAUAAUCAUCCAUAAUAAUCCUGCCUCGGGGCAAGAAGCAGGCCGAAUAUGCAGGGUUGAAGAAGAAAUUAAAGGCUGGGAUGAUAUAAAAAACACCAACAUGCCUGGAUUAAGUUACGCGUGUCCUGUGACAAAGCAACUUGCUGAAAACCUGCACGUUCCGAGGGGAGUAGUGUUGACAGAUGUUUUGAGACCCCUCAAUUUGAAAGAGUUUCCUACCAGCAGAAAUAGAUUUUCAGGUCGAUUUCGUACUGGCUCUGUACUUUCAAAAGUUUACAAAGAACGUGAUCAACUUAUAAGCGAUAACAACACCACUUAAAUUUAAACAUCGGUACGUUUAAGUUGUCUCUUUGUUGAUUUUUGCAUUAAUCAAGUUGUCUUUACCAAUCAUUUUUUAUAAGAGUACUUUUAACUUGAAAUCAUCUGCUUUCUCAGCCCAGCCUCUUCUCGCAGAAGUCAAUAAUUUAGCUAAUUGUUUGCAAAUUUUGUACUUCAAAAUUGUUUUGAAAUCUUUUCCAAUCAUUUUUCAUAAGUUAUCGAUUUUGUUUUUUUGUUUGGUUUUAGAAAUAUUUAUUCAUUUCUUGAUAUUUUGAGUAAGUUGUACAAUAGUUUAUCAAGUUUUAACAUUGUUUUAGCCAUGUUUUUGUUGUUUUAAAACAGAUUUUAUCUAAAAUGAACUUUGGCUACUUUUUUUCUUUUUGGAGGGAAUGGCAAUUUGAUUUCAACAAAACGUCUCAAAAGUCAAAUGAGCACAAAUUAUAAUUUUUUUUCUCUCUGAUAAUUUUAAUAUUUUGAACCUUAUUUUUGAAAGAGAUUUUAGAAUAAUUCCA